AUGUCCAACAUUCUCCAAAGAUUACGAGGUGGAAACCUCGAGGUUUUCAAGUUCGGCAUGUACGUUCUUUUCCCGAUUGGAUGGAUGUAUUAUUUCGGAACAAACCUCGACGACCGCUUCAGUGUCCCCGGCUUCUGGCCUACUACCGAGCAGUCGCAUAAGAUUCCUCUCGAGAAGGAAGAAAUUGACAAGGAACUUGCGCGAAUGCGCAUGGUGGAUGCUGUUAGGCGAGAGAGGCGCCAACGGGAGGCCCAGGCCCAGGCUGAGAGUCAGGCACAGAAUGCGGAGUGA